AAAAUAAGCCAAUGUUAUUCGAGUACCGUAUCGUGAAUUUAGUAACAUCGGAAUUUGCUCGAAACGAACCGGUGGCUGCACUGUCACUCCAUGUCUGCCAGUGCGCUUAUUAUUAUUUAUUAUUGUGUUUUGUUUACGGCUGAAUUGAAAUAAGUUCCGUAAAAGUCGUUAACCGAGGUCGCCCAGUGACAUUGUCGCAGUGUCCAGCACCUCCGCCGCCGCAGAUGUGUCCCAGCUCCUCCACAACGGCAACAAUGACAGGUCGGUCGAGGUCGACGACGUUUCCGUAACGUCUUGCAAAUAACGAUGUUGUGGUGAUCGCCAGUGGCCCCAGAGCAGUCGGAAAACGGUCGAACAAUCGAAAAAGCCGCUCCAAGAUAUCGACUAACGCGACCCUGAAACGCGCCGCGCAGUGUAGUGAGCAAAUGUUUAGCAAUCAUGGCGAAUCCGAGGAAGUUCAGCGAGAAAAUAGCCCUCCAUACCCACCGUCAGGCGGAGGAAACGGCCCGUUUCGAGCAGAUUAUGAAAGAGGUGUCCGACGCGACGGCCAGGGUGGCGCCUGAAAGAAGUUCGUCUAAAAACACUCUUCGCAUCAACACCCAAACAUUGGGCACAUUUCGGGGCGGUUCUCUCCCUAAUGUAUCCGCGGGUGUUUCUGCUGUCAAGUCUGCUUCCCAUAAUACAGAAUCGACAAAGGACGAAGCAACCAACGCAAACAUGGUAAACUACCGACCUGGAAGCAGGGCACGUUCACAAGGUGGCCCCAUGCGGAGGCCACACGACCGAAGACUAGACACAUCACCCUAUUCCAGUAAUUCUUUUCUAAGUCCACCACACGACACGAGUUGGAGACGUACACAUAGCGAUUCGGCUCUACAUCAAAGCGCCAUGCAGGACAUGAAUUCGGAGCGAAACGACGGCUGCAACAGCCGCUGGAUUAUGCCAAAUAUGAACGGUCCUGAACGAAAUGAAGGACGACCGAGGUCGAGUUGUGAAGUUCCUCGUGUACCUGGUAUACAUAUUUAUCCUUCGGCACAUGUGCCUGGAGCGGUGCAAAUACCGAUCAGUGGUAAUAACACGGGUUCGUUGCCCGACUUGACUAAUGUGAAUUUUUCGUCGCCGAUCCGAGUACCCUUAGAUCAAGACGCAGACCAAGGAAGUUCCCCGUAUAGCUCUAGUCCUGUAAAUACAAGUCCAUCUACAUUAUCUCCCACAAGUAUACCUCAAGGAGUACGACAAGGUCGUUUUCAUUUUACACAUGUAUCACAUGCACACUCGAAUCAUUUAUCAGUUCCUAGGUAUCCGAAUCAUCCAAGUAAGAAUGUGCCGGUGAAUAGCAAAAGUAUAGCUGGCUUAGUAGACGGAACAGACCUGACCCAAUUGACCGGAAUGCAGGGAAUGUAUCAGCAGCAGUGUCCGCCUACAUCGCCCUCUCCAACGUUACCACAAGCGUCCGGUUAUCGAAGUCCUAGACCCAGUCCCCAAUCGUCACCUAGUUUAGGAGGACGACAUUCGGCUCCUUGUAGUCCUGGAGCUCCUAGUCCACUGCCGAACGAUUAUAAUAAUAUAUUCAAUCAACACCAAGCGACUCAGUUUCAGCAACACUUCGAGCAGUUAUCGAUGGAUUGGGCGCAGCUGGUGGCUAGCCUAUUGGAGUCAGGCUGCACCUGGAGCGCACAAUUGCAGUUGGACCCACCUGUUAGUAGCGUAUCGUAUGUAGACCAAUCACCCGGUCAGUUAACAGCAACGCAUGCCCAAACUGUGCCAGAAGUGUCAACAGUGGGCAGCAUAGAACUGACAUCCGAUCCAGGAUAUUACAGCACAUCACCCUCCCAACUCGUUUAUCCGCCAAGUUUGCACACAACACCGAAUACUCCAACCAGUAUACCCGAUAUUAUACUAACUGAUUUUUCAUCGGCAACUGACGAUAUAUCGCGACAAGACUUGACCAAGCAACUGGAGAACGACUUCUUCUCGGAGGAGACGCUGCGAGAGAGUCUCGAACCGCUGAACUUUGACGAACUUCAAAUGCUGACCGAUCCCAGCAUGAACUUCAUAUCGGACGGAGUGGAGGACGGCUUUAGACUGCAUCGAUCAUAACAGUGGUAUGUGUCACACACUUAAUUUAGCGCCCAAUAAGAGCGGAAUUUCAGAAAUUCACUGCCAAAAAUCAGUGGGUUUGUCAAAAGACAGCAUUUCACAAAAAUUGAAUUUAUUAAGUGUGAUUGUUAGAUUAGUGUUUCCCAGCCAAGCUGAAGGUGCGACGGUUUAUUAAUAAUUCAUUUUUAUAGUAGAAAAAUUGAUAUUGCAAUUAUUUCGAAAAAAAGUUGAACAUUUUUACGAAAGACUGAAAAAACAGUGUAGACUGUUUUAACGAAUUUUUGGAAUACACUUAAAUUUUUCGUUUCGAUUUUUUUACGUUAGGAUAGGAAUAAAUAAAGCACAAGUUUUAUAAUGAAGACCUCGGCAAUGUUUUUUACAUAACUACAUAAAACUGUACUAGGACUAGAUGCAUAGGUGUUUGUACAAAAUAUUCGAUAAGUUAGUUUUUUUACUAAACGUAAUUAUUUUAAAAAGGUGAUUUCGUUAUUACGGGGCAAACCGCUGACCAUAAAAUAAAUUUACACCUAAAUUAAAGUUAAAAAAUUUGGUUUAAUCAUUUGUAAUAAUUAUUCUUAUUGUAAAAAUAUUUUUGAUGGUUUUUGGGCUUCAUUCAAUAAAGAAUUAAAAAAACACUGAUAAUACUUAAUGCAUAUCAGUAGACACAAGUAUUUUGGGUUUCAGAAAAAAAGCAAAAAAUUAAAAUUGUGGAACCGAUAUUUGUCUUGCAAUUUUAAAAACUUUAUGUGAAUAAAAAGUUUGUCAGUGAUUUACCCCGUUAUUAAUUUUGAUUGUGGGGAGUCAUCGUUUUAAAAUAUUGUGGGUAGCCAAUUACGUUUCAGCUUACUUUUAAGAGUGACAUUAGUGCAAUAUAGGUUUUUUAAUUAUAAUUUUAUACUUUACGUUGAGAAUACAUGUUGAGUACUUUAAAUUUUUAUAUUGUUUGUUCUGGACUGUAUAGCUAUAGAAGCGCACAAGUUAGUCUAAAGCGAACCUGUUUUUAUAUUGUCCAUGCAGUUUACUUAAAUUUGGUAAUUGUCAACAAUGUGAGUCAUUAAAAUAGUGGACAAUGUAAGAAUUGGGAGUAAUCCGUAUCAUACAUACACAUAUUCAAGUGGCUCUCUCUCCCUUCAAUAUUAAAGGAACCGACAGUUUUUAUUAAAGAAUCUCAAACUUUACAAUGUUCUAAAGCAAAUAAUUAUCUCUGUGAAAUCCAGUUGUUCUAGAGUAGUAUUUGUGAGGUGUGUAGAGUGUGGUGCUAUUUAGUCGCGAUAUGGAAUGUUGUAUUUUCACAUAUCACGACUCGAAGCUGGCUAAUUCGUUUUGUGGAGAAACGACCCAUAUCCCAGCUGUGUUAAGUGUAGAUACUUUUAUCAAAUCAUCACACAAGUUGGAGGGAUUGAUGUUUUUUCGAGUCGACGUUGUGUUCAUAGUCAAUUAUGUCAAUUUUGUUGAAUUUUCUUGGUCAAAUUAUUCAGUCUUUUCAGUGCUCAAGCGAGAGAGUUUUUGUACAGGUUAUGGGAACGCUGACUACAGUUUCAUGGAAUAAAAGACACUUUUGUAUAUUUGCUUAUGUUGUAGUCAAAGUGUGAAGAUCAAACUAAGUGGACCUAAGUCAUUUUUCUCUAGGUGAUAGCUGACUGGUUUGUUCGAUGUAGCAGAUCGUUUCAUUGUAUAUAUUUUUUGAGUACUUGAUAUAUCAAUAGGUUUCUAAAUGCUAUAUCGACUAAAUCUCGUUUAAUGGAGUAACCAGUUCAUUACUUACCUUUAUCUCAUCUUUUGUACAUAUUAGCCAUUAAAUAUCUGAUAGAUUUAUAUACAUACUUUAUUUUAGAUUAAAUCUUAUUCAGACACAAACGUCAAUUGUUGCAUGCUUCGUUGUUAUUUUUUUAAAUUUUAAAAAUAUAUUUCAUGAUUUGUAAACA